CACCCUCACCAUCAGUCUCCAGCUCCUCAAGCACUCGACUUCUACAGCCAUGCGUUCCUUGUCAGUGAUGUUGGUGGUGGUGGUGAUGGCUGGUGUUUGCUACGCUGGACUACUUGGUGGUGGUUUUCUGCCACUUGGUUUGGGUCUUGGUGGAUUUGGUGGAUACGGCGGGGGCUUGAAAGGUUUAGGUGGCUAUGGCGGCCUUGGUGGAGGAUUUGGUGGCGGAUAUGGUGGUCAGGCAGGACACACUUUUGUGCUGAGCAAGAGUUAUGGAAGCGCUGGGGGAUUUGGCCACGGAGGAAAACUUGGAUUUGGCAAGGGGGGUGGAUACGGUGGAUUCGGAAAUGGUUUCGGCGGAUUUGGCAAAGGCGGUCUAGGUGGACUUGGCUUCGGUGGUUUCGGGAAGUAGGACGUCACCUCGAGAGGACCAGGUCCAGCACCAUCUUUCUCACCCCUAACUGUUAUUGGAAUAAAAUAUCUG